AUGUCUGACCUAUAUCUCUCCCAUCUGACCAACUGGACCCUCAGCUCUCCACCCGCAGAAUGGGCCAUCAAUCGGCUCCGGGAGCUCCUGAUAGGAGCUCUAAGCCAAGGUGCAAUUCCUAAACAUGUCGCAUUCGAGAUGGACGGCAACCGUCGCUACGCGCGGAGCCAUAAGAUCGAGACAAUCGAGGGCCAUCACUUGGGCUUCGAGGCGCUUGCUAGGGUUUUGGAAAUCUGCUACAAGUGCGGCGUGAAGGUGGUCACCGUCUAUGCCUUCAGCAUAGAAAACUACAACCGGCCGAAAUACGAGGUCGAAGGCCUAAUGCAGCUCGCAAAGGCCAAGCUGGAGCAGUUGGUUAAGCACGACGACCUGCUGGAGCGCUAUGGCGCCAGCGUUCGGGUGCUAGGGCAGCGGGAUCUUGUCCGACCCGACGUCCUCGAGGUGAUUGAUCAGGCCGUUGAUAACACCAAGCAUAACAAGGAAGAGGAGAUUGCCAGCGCCGUCAGGUCAACGGUGGAGGAGUACUCGACGACGCCGAGGCCUCACAGCACACCCCUCUCCCAGUCUCGAAUCCAGAAGCAUUUGUCGCGGCAGAAUGAUAGCGAUGGUCCUCUGUUGGAAAUCAGGGAGACGUCGCCGGCGCCGUCCUCUCCUCGGUCCGAGGAUGUGGACGACUCUGCCUCAUCUUCGGCGACUCUUCACCCCGGGUCAUCUCCCCCACCCUCAGGAUCCCGGCCGGAUGUCACCAUUUACCCGAAUGCGGAAAGCAUUACCUCGGAAACUCUAGAUAGCCACAUGUACACGGCCGGGUGUCCUCCCCUCGACAUGUUCAUUCGAACAAGCGGGGUGGAGAGGUUGAGCGAUUUCAUGCUCUGGCAGUGUCACCAAGACACUCAGAUAUUCUUCCUGAAGUGCUUCUGGCCGGAAUUCGACCUGUGGCAGUUUAUUCCCACGGCCAAGCCACCUGCCCCCGAGGGCUCGUCGAGCUCGAAUCGCAGGUCCCAGCCUGUGCGCCAGACACGAACCAACCCUUCCCGCACCACAGUAAUCAAUCGAAACAAUCCUCUCGCGAGCGGACCAGGACACGAACAACCGAUCGACAUCUUUCCUGCCGUCACGCAUUUCGCCGAUUCUAUCACGGCUCUUCCCAAAGAGCUUGUGCGCCAUUUCACCCUCCUCAAGGAGGUCGACGCCAAGAUAUUUGCGCCAGAAGAGGGCCUCUUCAAGCUCAUCGACGCCGCCCUCAACGCUCCUCCUCCCGACCCGGCGCGAUCACACAAUGACGCAUCGAGCAGCAUCGCGCCCAACUCGGCACCUAUGAGUGCCCAGAAUAGUAACAGCGGCACCGUGCUCAACUCUCAGGUCCCUCCUCCUGUCUCCACCGACGAGUCAAUUAACACAGCUCUCUUCGACCCCAGCAACCUGCCGCGUCGCCAGCUGUUCAGGCAGACUGCCUUUAAGAUUCAGGAGAUGCUUGUGUCUCUCGAGGAGAAGAACCACGUCAUAUCCACGGCCAACGAUGCUCUGCAGAAGCAACUUGCCCGCAUCGACGAUGUUUGGCCGCACCUUGAAGGGGAGUUUAGCGACGAGGCUAAAUGGGGCAGCUCGACACACUGGGCAUACUUGGAGAACAGGAUUGUCCGAUCAAACAACACCCAAGCAGAGCGGUCGCGCCGCGAAGGCGCCGCGACUCUCUCUGCCGCUGCCCAGCAACUGGCUGAAGAAGCUGCCGCUCGGAGCAAUGACAGGAAGCAAGCGCUCGCCGCGAAGAAGAACUCCAGGAACCAGGGCGCAGAUGCCGAUGCCGAUGGCAAGCAGCAAGAACAACCAAAGAAGUCACAGAGCAACAAUAAAUCUCGAAAGCCUGCGCCCGAUAAUGCGGCCGCCGUCGGCCUCGGCAUAUCUACAGCCGGGGGUCCCAGCGGCAAUCCACCUUCGAAGCGUCGCAAGGUCGAGAACAAGACAAAUGGAGGCGGCGCCCCCAUGGAACGGGCCAUGAGCAACGUCUUCGGCGCCAAUGCCCCAAAGCCGAAAACGACUAGCCCACGCGAGACUCCCGCCCCCGACGGUGCGAGCAAGAAGCGCAAGGCGCUGCCUACAUCCAGCAACCAGUCGAAGAAGAGUCGAACCGGCGCAGCUAUGUCUCCGUCUGUUGCCUCGUCACCUGUGCUUGGCAACUUCCCAGACGUCUCUAAGCCCGUGCGAAGUUCGCCCGCUCCGUCUACUGCUACCCGGCCGGCCUCGUCUCGUGCACGGCAGAAUUCUACUCAGUCAAACGUCGAGAACGGCCGGCCGCGGCCAUCGCCACCCGCGCCAAACAAGCCAAACGGCAAUGCCGUGGGAACACCAGAUGUGGUGACACAGAGCAAUGGGGGCCGUGCCACCAACGAUAGCAAACCGCAGAAGGAGAACUCAGCUCCCUCCAAACCUGAAGUUAUCAAGACGGAGAACGAGGUCCAGGUCAUAUCGUCAACGCCUGUUCCUAAUGGCAGUAAAAAGGAGACCACGGCCAAGGCAACGGAGGAGAACGAGGCGAAAAGAGACUCGGCAACACCGGUGGCACCGCCCGUAACAGCGCCCGCUGUGAUGACAAAGAGCGGGCGAGCCAGCAAACCAUCAACGCCCGCGCUCGCAACAUUUGCUGAGGCAGCCACGGCGCGUUCUCGGCCGUCGCGUGCCUUGGACAGCACUAACCCUCCUGUUAAGCGAAGCCACAAGAAAGGGGCGUCGGCAGCCGCGGCGGCCGCGAUGGCGGUUGCGGCUCAACAGGCCGCGGCCGAGGAAGACCAGAGUGCACAAGAUGACGAGGAGGAGGCAGACAUUGAUGGAGAUGAGCCACGGUACUCCUGCGACGCGGAUGGAUGCAAGCGCGAGUGGUUCCAUCUCGAAUGCGUGGGCUUGAAAGUAGCGCCGAAGGGCAAUGCGAAGUGGUACUGCGAGGACUGCAAGAAAAGGCUCCGAAUCGGGGGCAAGGCACCCAACGGGAGAUAG